AUGGCCAGCGUACAGCACGGCCAGCCCUACGACUCGCGCGACGAUGACUCGCUGCUGGAAGAUGACCUGAUGGCCGACGAUGCCAUCGAGGCCGAUGACCCCCUGCGCGAUACCUCCGACACGGCUCCCCUGCGAGGCAACAUUGAAUCCGACUCGGGAUCCAGAGGCGGUGCUUCUGGCUAUGGCAACUACUUGACCUCCUCAAUCCCCGGCGAGGACCGUCGCGCGACACAGAACACCAUCGACGAGACGGUUUGGGCGACGUUGUCGCGCGACCUGGUUGCCGUGUGGGAGAAGAUGCGCCAGGUGCUCUGGCCCAAGUACCUGCUGGGUGGCAUGAUGCAGCGCGGUGGCGGUGGUAUCAACGAUGCUGAGAGAGGCGAAGCUACUGGAUUUGGUCGCAACCUGCGCGGACUGGUUGGGCGCUGGCCCGAUCCCGACGUGGUCCUGCAGGGUGGAAUGAGUGAGGGGUUGCGCGAUUGGGAUCUUUGGGGUCCGCUGAUCUUCUGUUUGGUCCUGAGUUUGUUCCUGUCCGUCGCCAAGGGCGAUCAGGCGUCGCUGGUUUUCUCGGGUGUUUUCUGUAUCGUCUGGAUCGGCGAGGCCGCAGUGACGCUUCAGAUUAAGCUUCUUGGUGGCAAGAUUUCCUUCUUUCAGUCCGUCUGCAUCAUCGGUUACACGCUCUUCCCGCUAGUCAUUGCCUCCCUUCUUAGCGCCGUGGGCCUUCCUACAAUUGCUCGCAUACCAGUCUACCUUGUCCUGGUGGCAUGGUCGUUGGCAGCAGGCGUCAGCAUCCUGGGUGGUUCGGGGGUGGUACGAAACCGAGUCGGCAUCGCGGUGUACCCGCUUUUUGUGUUCUAUGUUGCGAUCGGAUGUCUUUGUUUCAUUAGUUAA